CUGAUACACAAGAUUCUCUUCGAGCAACGACUGCAUUUCUUCGCUGGUUGUGGCCGGUCUAAUCCGUCGUAUUCAAUUAAGUUUAGUGUUAUUCGUUGAAAUUUAAUUCGAAGCGGAAGUUCCAGCAGCCAGCAAGAUGCCGACGACUUUGACUCCACACCAGGCUCGUACUGAGCACACAAUGGCGAUCACAAGAGACUACAUCUCACAGCCUCGUAUCACCUACAAGACCGUGUCGGGCGUCAACGGUCCCCUGGUGAUUCUCGAGGGCGUCAAGUUCCCCAAGUUUGGUGAGAUCGUCAACCUGACUCUGGGAGAUGGCACUGACCGCCAGGGUCAGGUGCUCGAGGUCAGCGGAUCCAAGGCCAUCGUACAGGUGUUCGAGGGUACCUCGGGCAUUGACGCCAAGAACACGAUUUGCGAGUUCACCGGCGACAUCCUGCGCACUCCCGUCUCCGAGGACAUGUUGGGCCGCGUCUUCAACGGCUCCGGCAAGCCCAUCGACAAGGGACCGCCCGUGCUGGCCGAGGACUUCCUUGAUAUCCAGGGUCAGCCCAUCAACCCGUGGUCGCGUAUCUACCCGGAGGAGAUGAUCCAGACGGGAAUCUCUGCCAUCGACGUGAUGAACUCGAUUGCCCGUGGACAGAAGAUCCCGAUCUUCUCUGCCGCCGGUCUGCCUCACAACGAGAUCGCCGCCCAGAUCUGUAGGCAGGGCGGUCUGGUCAAGCUGCCCACCAAGUCGGUCAUGGACGACCACAGCGACAACUUUGCCAUCGUGUUCGCCGCUAUGGGUGUCAACAUGGAGGCCGCCCGAUUCUUCAAGCAGGACUUCGAGGAGAACGGCAGCAUGGAGAACGUGUGUCUGUUCCUGAACCUGGCCAACGACCCGACCAUCGAGCGUAUCAUCACGCCGCGUCUGGCGCUCACCACGGCCGAGUUCCUGGCCUACCAGUGCGAGAAGCACGUGCUGGUCAUCCUCACCGACAUGACCUCGUACGCCGAGGCGCUGCGAGAAGUGUCGGCUGCCCGUGAGGAGGUGCCCGGACGGCGUGGUUUCCCCGGAUACAUGUACACCGAUCUGGCCACCAUCUACGAGCGGGCCGGCCGUGUGGAGGGCAGGAACGGAUCCAUCACGCAGAUCCCCAUUCUGACCAUGCCCAACGAUGAUAUCACCCAUCCGAUUCCGGAUCUGACCGGAUACAUCACCGAGGGUCAGAUCUACGUGGACCGGCAGCUGCACAACCGGCAGAUCUACCCGCCGAUCAACGUGCUACCGUCUCUCAGCCGUCUGAUGAAGUCGGCCAUCGGCGAGGGCAUGACGCGCAAGGACCACGCCGAUGUCUCCAACCAGCUGUACGCGUGCUACGCCAUCGGCAAGGACGUGCAGGCCAUGAAGGCUGUGGUGGGUGAGGAGGCCCUGACGGCCGACGAUCUGCUCUACCUCGAGUUCCUGACCAAGUUCGAGAAGCACUUCAUCACACAGGGCAACUACGAGAACCGCUCGGUGUUCGAGUCGCUCGACAUCGGAUGGCAGCUGCUGCGUAUCUUCCCCAAGGAGAUGCUCAAGCGAAUUCCGGCCAGCACCAUCGCCGAGUUCUACCCGCGUGAGAACAAGAGCACUGCGGAUAACAACUGAGCAGCCAGCGCCGCGCCGUGUGUGGUAGGUCAACUUCAGUCUCCCGCAAUCGCCGCUAGGUGUCUCUAAAGUGCAUCGCUGCGUCAAAGUGUGAGUUAAUUUUCGGCCAUUUGGUAGACCGUGCCCAGUACGUUUUUAUCGGCACGUUUGUGCGAAUUCGUUUUGAGGCAUGUAUAUUUGUUACCGUUCAAAGCCAUGGCCGUGUACAUAUAUUGGCGAUAGGUGGAUCAUAUAUGUCGAAGGGAGCGCGGCUGGUCCAGUGGCCAGUGUGUGCCUGUGCGCCCUGUCCUCAGUGUGAGCGUCUUGUGUAGAUAGUGCGAAUUGCGUCGUCGAUAUACAUUCCAUGUGGGUGAGAUGCGUAGCUCGACGGCGCGCGUCUAAGUGAUGGAUCACAUUCAGUUAUAAUUUGCUGAAGACGGUCAGCAGCCAUAAAUGUAUAUCGAAUGGAAUCAGUGGCUGACGAGGCCCGGAUGAAUGUAGCGAACGAUCAUCUUGUGUGGCUGAUGAUGGAAAAAUAUACACUAUACACAAACUAA